AAACAUAAGACUUGCUAAAAUGGAGCGAAGAAAUGAGAAGAGCUCGUAAGUCACGCAACUCCCCUUGAACACCGUCCUUCCAUUUUCUCUCUCUCAAUCUCUGCACAAAUCACGCCAGUAGAGAGAGAAUUAGGAAGAUCAUUGGAUGUAUAGAAAUCUAACCAAGUAAUAAAUAUAUCUAUAUAUAUAAUUUAGUAUUAAAUUGUUACGGUAAAUGAAUGAGUAAGAUUCCGCCAUCCUUGCUUUCCCUUACAAUCGAUUCUGCUCUUCUCCAUCUUUCUUCUUUUUCUGAUAUUUCUCAUCUUCCUGGUCACAUUCUCUUCGAUCUACUUUUGGGAACAUUGAGAGCUGGAAAAUUGAAUGAGAAGAUCUUGAAAUUGUUCUUAGCUUCUGGUGACGACAAAGUUCUUUCCUUCAUUCAAUCGCUCAAUAUUCAGCUAGUUACUCCAGUACUUCCCACCCGUAACAUUAAGGAUGAUCAUGUGGAUAUUGUGAUUGGUGCUCUACAGUCUGACCUAACAUCUUUCAUGGAUGCAUGGAGACCUUUUUUCUCCCGUUUCCACUUGAUUAUUGUGAAAGACCCUCUCCUGAAGGAAGAUCUAAAGAUUCCAGAUGGAUUCAAUGUUGAUAUGUACACAAAGUCUGAUAUGGAUAAGGCUGUAGGAUCUUCAUUGACUUCCCAGCUUUUCUCGGGCUAUUCUUGUCGCUACUAUGGUUAUCUUGUCUCUAAAAGGAAAUAUAUAAUCUCGAUUGAUGAUGAUUGUAUUCCAGCCAAGGAUGAUAACGGAUUUCUUGUAGACGCUGUAUCCCAGCAUCUUUUCAACCUUGCAAGCCCGGCUACCCCUCUCUUCUUCAAUACUCUUUAUGAUCCAUAUCGCAAAGGAGCUGACUUUGUUCGUGGGUACCCAUUUAGCCUGCGAGAAGGGGUUCCAUGUGCUCUUUCAUGUGGGCUGUGGCUCAACUUAGCAGACUUGGAUGCUCCAACCCAAGCUCUCAAGCCUGAGCAGAGAAACACGAGAUAUGUUGAUGCUGUUCUUACUGUUCCCACCAAGGCUAUGAUGACGCUAAGUGGAAUCAACAUAGCGUUUGAUCGGGAGAUUCUGGGUCCCGCUUUGUUUCCAGGUUUGAAGCUGACGAAGGAAGGAAAUUUAAGAUGGGAAACCAUGCAAGAUGUGUUCUCCGGAAUGUGUGCAAAGGUCACCUGUGACCACUUGAAGAUUGGGGUGAAAACCGGACUGCCGUAUGUCUGGAGAGAGGAAAGAGGCGAUGCAAUUCAGAGCUUGAAGAAAGACUGGGAAGGUAUGAAGCUGAUGGAAGACGCAGUUCCUUUCUUCGAGUCCAUCCAACUGCCACCUGAAGCAGUUAAUGCUGAGGAAUGUAUGUUGGAGAUAGCAAAACUAUUGAAGGAUAAAUUCGAUGCUGAAAAGAACUCUGUGUUUAUUCAAGCUGCUGAUGCGAUGAUCGAGUGGGUUAAGCUUUGGAAGAAGGCAGUACCGGCUUCCAAUUAGAAACCCAGGAAGCAAAGAUAGCUCGUUGUUUGUUUUAGUCACAAACAUGAAAAUAGUAGAAAAGGAGAAGUUGAAGCUGUUGUUAUUCUUGUUAUUUGGCAGCCUUUUUACAAUUAGAUCAUGUGGAUUAGGAAUGUUUGUUGUCGAAUGUUGAUUGGGUUUUUUUUUGCCCAAUUUGGAAUAUUAAUUUCAGUGAAUGAAUACAUGGUUACAUUCAAUAUGCUGA